CGGCGGAAAUGACGUAUGCUUCCUUCCGGUUGUGGUAGUCUCUCCUUAAAACAGUCGGUGCUAAUCAUGAUGCUAAUGUUUAUGUCUAAGUUUAUGUCCUGGGCCCGAGCCAUGGCGCAGAGGAGCGAGUAUUUACAGAAGUGUAUUUCGGUACGUCCACAAUACGCGUCUGAUUAAAAAAAACAACAGCGUUGUAGUCGUGAGGCUGUGUCACUGUAGGUCCAGGCCAUGGCUCCUGUGGCUUUGCUCGUGGCUCUCGCACUUCUUCCGCGUAUUCUCUGCGCACAGGUUCCGCCGCCAGAGAAGCUCACCGCCCGGGCUCUGAACACAAACUACACUCUGCUCUGGACCUGGUCUGGGAGCAAUGGGCAGACUGCCUCUUUUACGGUUCAGUACACUGGGACAUACCGAAAAGCAAGGAAGGAUCCAAAGUGGAAACCUGCGUGUGAGAAGACGUCAAACAUGUAUUGUGACCUCAAUCCUCUGAACCUGCAUUACCUGGGUAUCUAUACACUCCGGGUCUGUGCCACUGUGAAUGGACUCAACUCUGAGUGGGUUUCUUUGGAUUUCGCCCCAGCUAAAGAUGCUGCAGUGGGACCCCCCACCAUAGUGUCUGUCUCUCCUGCUGGUAGUGACCUGGAAGUGUCGAUCUCAGAGCCUCAAACCAACAACAACACCUCUAUGAAGGAGAAAAUCUCUUCUCUGUACUACAGGUACACGUACUGGGAAGAUCACAUAGGUUCUAAGAUACCACAGGUUCUAGACAGCCCCAAUACAAGGGUUGUUAUGGAAAACCUGCUGUCCUGGACCAAGUACUGUGUCUGUGUCCAGUCUUGUACUAUUGAACCCAACAGAACAAGUACCUUCACAGAACCAGUCUGCACCAGCACCAAUGGUGGACUGAGCUGGGCGCAGAUCAGUCUGAUCUUUUUCACAUGUUUGUGUAUUGUAUUCCUGCUCGUGUUUGGAAUAGUGUUUGGAUGUUUUCACUGCCACAGACUCUUCAAAAACAGCUUUAAUCCCAAAGUCACUCUACCUAGUUUCCUCAAUGACUUUGGCAUCUCUCCGUCUCUCCUGGGUCCAGACCGGCACUCAGAACUCCACUGUGAUCUUCUCUCAGUGAAUUCUCCCUCCCCUCAGCAAGUGCUCUUCAGUGGGCGACACAGUCUGCAGAGCAGCAGUGAGGACUCUGGGAUUUACACCUCCACCAGUGACAAGAGCACAUCAGCCCAGAAUUCUGCUCCCUGCUCUGAACUCACAAAUGACCUGGAGGGCUCUCUGGGUCUAAGACUACAAGAUAUAGACUUGCCUCAAAAACAUAUUAACUUUGUUGCAGAUGAGGGCUUUGGUGACAAUACAGUGACAACAGAGUGUCAACGAUAAAGAAAUAUAUAAGUUCUAUAACGGCACACAGAAUUUUUCAGAGAAAUGAGGACUUUUUAAUUGGGGAGUACAUUUACAUGGACUAUAGAUAACUAAUCAACUGAUUUUUUUGUCUGGGUUAAAAUCUGAUCAUUGAUAUGACCUGGUGGCCUGGCUCAGUUAAUCAAUGGAUUGUUGCAACAAUUAUUUUUAAAAUGAUUCUUUCAUGUUUGUCUUUGCCACAUUAGCCUGCCUUUUAUGCAUAUUUGUUGCCUUGUCAAAACCUGCACAUGUGAACAAUCAGAAAAAAAUCUGAUUACCCACAUCAGUUUAUAUGACUUUACAGAAAUCCGAAUGCCAUUUUUGGUGCGUCCUGCUGCCCAAACCCCACCUCUGGGGUUUAGGCAGCAGGACCCCACCUCUGGGGUUUAGGCAGCAGGACACACCAGUCAAUAAUCCUCCCAUUGUAACCUGGUAUUUAGAAUUUCCUGUCAGCAUUUGUCUACCAAUCAUCCUCAGAGUCUGGAUACUGUAUAAAAAAGUGUCUAUUAAACUACAAGAUCUCUCCAAUAGUUAAACAAUGUAUACUUU